AUGGAGAGAUCAGGGAUUUUCAUCCAUAACACAGCAGGAGGAGGAAGUGGCGGAGGUGCUUAUGUAAAAGACCAUGUGGUGAUCAACUGCUCAACCGUCAGCAUUCGGCAUGCCAGAGCUGGGAACAAUGGUGGAGGUUUCGCAGCCUCUAAAGACGUUCUGAUAACUGAGACGUCGAAUCUGAGCAUUUCCAACGCAGUGUCCGCAAAUCAAGCUGGAGGCUUUCAAGUAGAUGGACGCUUGCAGGUGUUGGAGAGAUCAGCCAUUUUCAUCAAGAACACAACCGCCGGAGCAAGUGGAGGAGGUAUCUAUGCAGUUGACGGCAUUGUGAUCAACAGCUCCACCGUCAGCAUUCAGGAUGCCAGAGCUGGGUACAAUGGUGGAGGUUUCAUUGCGCUCAAUGACGUUCUGAUAGCCGAGAGGUCGAAUCUGAGCAUUUCCAAUGCAGAGAGCGCAAGUCAAGGUGGAGGCUUCAAUGUGCAGGGAAGCUUGCAAGUGAUCAGCAACUCCAUCAUCAGCAUUCAAGAUGCCAGAGCUGAGGAGGCUGGUGGAGGUUUUAUGUCCUUUGAAGACGUUGUGAUUGCAGGGAUGUCAAAAGUGAACAUAGCAAACGGCCAAUCGGUCUCCGGAUAUGGUGGAGGUUUUGAGCUUCAGAAAGGUUUGCAGGUGAUUGACAGAUCAGUAAUUCUCAUCGAGAAUGCAACCUCCAAAGGACAUGGAGGAGGUGUCUAUGCAACAGGCAAUGUCGUGAUCAACAGCUCAACCGUUAGCAUUCGGCAUGCUAGAACUGGGAACAAUGGUGGAGGUUUCGCAGCCGCUAAAGACGUUCUGAUAGCUGAGACGUCGAAUCUGAGUAUUUCCAACGCAGUGUCCGCAAAUCAAGGUGGAGGCUUUCAAGUAGACGGACGUUUGAAGGUGAUUGGCCGCUCCACAGUUAGCAUUCAGCAUGCCUCGGCCGUGCAAUUUGGUGGAGGCUUUAUUGCGUUCCAAGACGUUGUGAUUGCAGAGAUGUCAAAAGUUGCCAUUUCAAAUAGCAAGGUAUCCGGACAUGGUGGAGGCUUUGCACCUAUGAAAGGUUUGCUGGUGACGGGGAGAUCCGCAAUUGUCAUCGAGAAUGUGACAUCCGGAGGACAUGGAGGAGCUGUCUAUGCAUCUGGCAUUGUGGUGAUCAACAGCUCAACUGUCAGCAUUCGGCAUGCUAGAGCUGGGAAGUAUUGUGGAGGUUUCGCAGCCUUCAAAGACGUUCUGAUAGCUGAGAAUUCGAAUCUGAGCAUUUCCAACGCAGUGUCCCGAGGUGAUGCUGGAGGCUUUCAAGUUGAGGGACGCUUGCAGGUGAUCCACCGCUCCACUGUCAGCAUUCAGCAUGCCAGAGCUGGGAACACUGGUGGAGGUUUCGUUGCAAGCCAAGACGUUGUGAUUGCAGGCUUGUCCAAAGUGAAUGUUUCCAACAGCCGAGCGGUCUCCGGACAUGGUGGAGGCUUUGCACUUAGAAAAGGUCUGCUGGUGACGGAGAGAUCCGCAAUUGUCAUCGCGAGUGCAACUGCUGGACAAGAUGGAGGAGGUGUCUAUGCACAAGGCACUGUUGUGAUUGACGGCUCAAGCGUUAGCAUUCAGCAUGCCACUGGGUCAGCGGGUGCUGGUUUUGCAUUCCAUCGUGGUCUGAAAGUACACCGUGGUUGGAUGAUCGUCAGCGAUUCCACCGCCACACGGGACGACAGUGGAGGUUUCGUGAAGGGCCAAGCACUUCUUACAUCUCAGUCGCAGUUUGUGGUGCGCCAUGCUGACGGGAAUGAACACUCAGCAGUGUUGGCAGCAGAAUGCUUGCACAUCCACCCUGGGUCCGCCUUUCUCAUGGAAAAUGUCAAGGGGGGCCAUGCAGUGAAGUUGCAGAACAGUGGCUGCAAGUGCUCAAACAGAACUCUUCAAAUGGAAACUGGUGCAGCUUUGAACACAACAGGUCACUUGAGCUUGGGGCUUCUGUCCGUUGCAGCCUGCCCUAAUGAAACGGUGCGCCUCUCUGGUAUCCACCUCCGGUCAUGGUCCAGUCCAUUGCUUAGUCCUCAGCCCAACCACGUGGUGAUAGACGACGUCAGCAUCCACUACCAGCCACCGCUCCAGAACUUGCCCAUCCUCACGGCUAAGGAUGGCUUCACCGUCAACUCUUUGGUCGCUACCUGUCCAGAUUGUGCACGGGGUGUCACCUUGAAUGCCAGCAACGGCACGCGGCUGGCAGCCGUGAGCCCAACGAAGCUGCAGUGCCCUAGCGAAGUCACGGU